AUGAAGCUUCAUCAGGUCGUCGCUGUCCUCAGCUUCAUUGCUGCCGGCGCCUCUGCCACCCCUGAAGGCUAUGGUGACAAAAACAAGGACGUCAAUUACGGCAACAAGUACGGAAACAACUACGGCAAGUACGGCAACAACUAUGGCGACAAGUAUAGCUAUGACAAGAAUGGCAAGGACGGCAAGGGCAAGCACGGCUAUGAUGAUGACAAGGACGGCAAGGGCAAGCACGGCUAUGACGAUGACAAGCACGGCAAGGGCAAGCACGGCUAUGACGAUGACAAGCACGGCAAGGGCAAGCACGGCUAUGAUGAUGACAAGGACGGCAAGGGCAAGCACGGCUAUGAUGAUGACAAGCACGGCAAGGGCAAGCACGGCUAUGAUGAUGACAAGCACGGCAAGGGCAAGCACGGCUAUGACGAUGACAAGGACGGCAAGGGCAAGCACGGCUAUGACGAUGACAAGCACGGCAAGGGCAAGCACGGCUAUGACGAUGACAAGGACGGCAAGGGCAAGCACGGCUAUGAUGAUGACAAGCACGGCAAGGGCAAGCACGGCUAUGACGAUGACAAGGACGGCAAGGGCAAGCACGGCUAUGAUGAUGACAAGCACGGCAAGGACAAGUGCAAGACCUACGAGUGGGACAUUGGCCGCUGCAGCUGGUGCCCAUACAAGCCCUACCACCCCCGCGACUUGGAUGGCCUUGAGGCUCGUGGCGACUACGGCUACGGAAACAGCUACGGCUACCCGAAGACCUGCAAGAAGACCUGCCCUAAGGACAAGAAGAAGUGCAAGAAGCAUACCUGGGACUACUCCAAGCCUACUUACUCCGGCACCUUCAGUAAGUCUGUUACUUGUGAGGGUGGUGACUCUUACAAGGUGAAGGGCGAGAUCGCACCUUGCGACGACCGGGGCAAGUACGGCAGCAAGCAGUGCCUCGUUGUCGAGUACGUCGACUGGAACCAGUGGAGCGACAAGGAAGCCUACCUGGGCAUCUACACCACCGAGACCGGGAACCCCAAGAACAAGAAGGAUCUCAACCUCACCAAGAAAUACUGCAAGGACAACAAGUGCACCGUUCCUCUCAACAAGUUCCCCGGAUGGCCCUACCUCUGCGGCAAGAGCUUUUGGGUUGGCAUCGACGACGACCAGUGCAAGCCCAAGAAGGGUCACGGCUAUGGUGGCUAUGGCAAGGACGGCAAGGACGGCAAGGACAAGGAUGGCAAGAACAAGUAUGGCAACAGCAACAACUACGGCAACGGAAACAAUGACAAGCGCGACAACGACGACAACAACAACAACUACGGCAACAAGUACGGAAACAACUACGGUGACAAGGACGGCAACAAGGAUGGCAACAACUACGGUAACAACAACUACGGUGACAAGGACGGCAACAACUACGGUAACAACAACUACGGUGACAAGGACGGCAACAAGUAUGGCAACAACUACGGUGACAAGGACGGCAACAAGUAUGGCAACAACUACGGUGACAACGACGACAACUACGGAACCGACCGAUAUGGCAACCACGGCCGCAACCACGUCAAGUACGUCAAGCUUGACAUCACCUGCACCUACCCCAAGAAGUGCGCUGCUUGGUGCUGCUGCGCUUAA